GACAAGUCUGACUAGAAGCUCUCAUAUUUUCUGCAGUUUGCCAGUUGUUCUACUGAAGUAGUCAAUACUAAUAUCUCUGAAGAAGAAACGCAGCCGCACAAGUUAUAUUCGGGACAAGCAACUUUGUACCACUGCACCUACCAGACCACUGAGUGAGCAUCAUGUUGUCCACGGUGAGGGCAAGUUCUUCUUUGUGGCCUUGUGUCUCUGUGUGCAGAUGGGCACAUACUAAAGAGAAGGGCAAGCCCCUCAUGCUCAACCCUCGCACCAAUAAGGGAAUGGCCUUCUCUCUACGGGAGCGACAGAUUUUAGGGAUACAUGGUCUUCUGCCACCCAAGGUGGAGACUCAAGAUAUUCAGGCUAUGCGCUUUCAGCGGAAUCUCAAGAAGAUGACUGAUCCCCUAGAAAAGUACAUCUACCUGAUGGGCAUCCAGGAAAGGAAUGAGAGGCUAUUCUACAGAGUACUGAUGGAUGACAUAGAAAAUUUGAUGCCGAUUGUCUACACUCCCACUGUGGGCUUGGCCUGCACACAAUAUGGACACAUUUUUAGAAGACCAAAAGGUUUAUUCAUCUCUAUUCUGGAUAAAGGACACAUCCGCUCCAUUUUGGACAAUUGGCCAGAGACUAAUGUUUCAGCUGUAGUGGUAACAGAUGGAGAGCGUAUUUUGGGAUUAGGAGACCUGGGUGUUUAUGGCAUGGGGAUUCCUGUGGGAAAACUUUGCCUGUACACUGCCUGUGCUGGCAUUAGACCAGAGAAAUGUCUGCCAGUUGUGAUAGACGUUGGUACAAACAAUGAAGCUCUCCUCAGAGAUCCAUUUUAUAUGGGACUGUAUCAGAGGCGAGAUUGUUCUCAAGCUUAUGAUGAUCUGAUUGAUGAGUUUAUGGAAGCUGUAGUGGAAAAAUAUGGCCAGGACACACUGAUCCAGUUUGAGGACUUUGGGAACCACAAUGCUUUUCGUUUCCUUAGGAAGUACAGGGAGAAGUACUGCACCUUCAAUGAUGAUAUCCAAGGCACUGCAUCUGUUGCGCUAGCUGGUCUGUUGGCGGCUCAGAAAGCAAUUGGCAAACCUAUCACUGAACACCGUGUGCUCUUCCUGGGAGCUGGAGAGGCUGCUCUUGGUAUUGCCAACCUUAUUGUCAUGGCCAUGAUUGAGAUGGGUACAUCCCAGGCUGAAGCCAGAGAAAAGAUAUGGCUGUUUGAUCAGUAUGGACUACUAAUGAAGGGCAGACCCCAGGAAAUGGACAGUAACCAGGAGGCUUUUGUUCACGAUAGUCCAGGGGACGUACAAAGCUUUCUAGAUGCUGUCAACAUAAUCAAACCCACAGCCAUCAUUGGUGUGGCAGGAGCUGGACCACUCUUCACCCAUGAUGUCAUCAAAGCCAUGGGUACACUAAAUGAACGGCCAAUCAUCUUUGCUCUGAGUAACCCAACCACUAAAGCAGAAUGCACAGCAGAGGAUGCCUACACUCUUACUGAUGGUAGGUGUCUUUUUGCCAGUGGCAGCCCAUUUGAUCCAGUGACUUUACCUGAUGGUCGGGUCUUCACUCCUGGACAAGGAAAUAAUGCUUACAUCUUCCCAGGCGUGGCCCUGGCAGUGAUCCUGAGUGGAGUCAGACAUAUCAGUGACAUGGUGUUUUUGGAGGCUGCCAAGACACUGGCAGAGCAGGUGACACAGAAAGAGCUUGAAGAAGGCAGACUGUACCCUCCUCUUGGUAACAUAAGAGAGGUCUCUGUCCAGAUGGCUAUCAAGGUGAUGGAGUACCUCUACACUAAAGGAAUGGCCUUCCAUUAUCCUGAGCCUGUUGACAAGAACGGCUUUGUUCGCGCUACUGUCUGGAACACCAGUUAUGACUCGUUCUUACCAGACACAUAUGACUGGCCAGGCUUAAACUGCAGCCCCAAGACAAAGUAGAACACCCAUCACUGUGCCCC